UGUAAAUCAGACCCGUGCAAAAAUAACGGGAGUUGUACAAACACAGGUGAUGAUUACGAGUGCAGUUGUCAAGCAGGCUACAUUGGAAAAACUUGCAGUGCUAUAGAUUAUUGUGUCAGUAAUCUUUGUAAGAAUGGAGCCAGUUGUCGAUCAUUGUCCGGUAGUUUCGAGUGCAAAUGUUUGCGAAACUUCUAUGGGAGACUUUGCGAGAUAUCAGAUUAUUGCAAAGAUGUUAAGCCAUGCUUGAACGAAGGCGUAUGUAAGAAAAAAGGUGACUUGGACUUUGAGUGCUUUUGCAGAGCUGGAUUCUCCGGAAAAAAUUGCAAAAUUGAAGAAUUCUGUUUAAGCAGUCCGUGCAAGCACAACGGUACAUGCAUACAGAGACGGGAGGGUUAUAAAUGUGAAUGUAAUGUUCCAUAUAUUGGAUGGAACUGUGAGGUGGAAGACGUUUGCACACAUUCUAAUCCGUGCAAGAACAACGCUAAGUGUGAUGUGGGAGCUGAUGGUAAAUAUUAUUGCCAAUGCACGUCUGUUUACGAGGGUCCAAAUUGCGAGUUCAACAAACAAUGCAUGGAAAGCAAAUGUGAGAACAAGGGAGUGUGCUAUGAGAAAGAAGACGGUGGGUACUUCUGCAGAUGUUUGGGCCACUAUUCUGGCAGUAACUGCGAGAAGUUAGAUGGGAACGCCGAUGUUUGUUCGUCAGCACCCUGCCUCAACGGGGGCACGUGCAAGGUGAAAGAAUCAAACUCAUCAUCAUACGACUGCACAUGCAAGAGUGGAUUUUUCGGAAACGAGUGCCACGAAAAAGUAAAUAUUUACAAAAUGAUCAAAAAGUAUGUUAUGAAUUGCCUGUAUCCUUUAGACCCAACGACGACGGAUCAUUGUUCUUCUGACCCAUGCAUGAACGGAGGACAAUGUACGUUAAAUAUUCAUUCCGACUAUAAAUGUGAAUGUUCAAAUGCGUAUACAGGAGUCAACUGCGAAUUUGAAAACAAAUGUGCGGAUGAACAAUUAUGCAGCGGAAGGGGAAAGUGCACCUACGUGUUUCCAGCCUCAUUCAAAUGUCACUGUAAUGGGGGUUACGAGGGAGACAGGUGUGAAGGUGUGGAAACUGCAUGCAGUAAGAAGCCAUGUAAGAAUGAUGGGACGUGUCAGGUGGAUGGUGCAUUGUACAAGUGCUUGUGCAAAAGUCCUUUUACUGGCAGUCAUUGUGAAAAAAAAGGUGAAUAA